UGAAUGAGGUGAGCUCAGAAGCCCGUCAGACAGACGGAUACAAAGUAGCACAAGCUGUUAACAAACAUCGGGGAUACUGGAGUACCGACGGCAGGCUGCGGCCCGGGGAGGGGGGGAGGACGAAGGCAACUGUGACCCCAGACCCCUGACUUCCACCCGCAAAGAAUUUACCAAGAAAGAAAACAUCGUUUUUAUGUGAUUUCUGCACCGUCGCGCGCGCUAGAGAAGUGAACUGGAGAGAGAUCUUCGAUACGUUUUUCUCCUACAUUUCCAGAUUUAAAUGUUCAACUUCAUGGGUCUAAUAAACGGUACAGCGGCCAUCCAGACCAAUGUAUCCUGUACAUGUAACUGCAAACGCUCGACUUCAUUCCAAAGCAUGGAGAUCACCCAGUUGGAGUUUGUGCAGAUCCUGGUGAUCGUGGUGGUGAUGAUGGUGAUGGUGGUGGUGAUCACAUGCCUGCUCAACCACUACCGCCUGUCAGCACGCUCCUUCAUCUCCAGGCACAGCCAGGCUCGCAGGCGCCAACUACCACUGGCCUCAGAUGGGAGUCUGUGGUCCUCAGAUGGCCCAGGGUCCACCAGUGGAAUGAGCGAGCAGCAGGUGUACACCCCCCGGCCCCCGGACCGCGGCCCUUCCUACCUGCAGAGGGAGCGUCUGGCCCGCUUCCAGCCCACCUACCCCUACCUGCCCCAUGCCAUCAUUGACCUGCCGCCCACCAUUUCGCUGUCGGACGGCGAGGAGCCCCCGCCCUACCAGGGCCCCUGCACCCUGCAGCUUCGCGACCCCGAGCAGCAGCUGGAGCUUAACAGGGAGUCGGUGCGCGCGCCCCCCAACCGCACUGUCUACGACAGCCACCUCCUCGAUACCUCCCUGUGCCCGCCGCCCAGCCUCAAUGCAGGAGUCAGUGCUACCACUGUAGCCACAUCCGCACAGGCCUACUCCAGCCGAGUGGAAGGGGCGCCGCCGACUUAUAGUGAGGUUAUAGGGCACUACUACCACCCCUCUUCCCUGCCCAGGCACCACCACCAGACUUCCAGUGGCAGUGGGGGCAUGGGGGGCGGAGGCGGGUUAGGAAGCCCGGGUCCCUCGCUGCUCCAUGGGAUACUCCAGCAGGCCCACCUGGGCAGCUUGGAGAGCAGGAACGCACGCAACAAAAAGGAGAAGCAGAAGCCUCGGCAAGUGUGACGGCAGUGUUGGUGUCGGCUGUUUAUUUCUUUCUCUGCGCACUUCAGCUGAACUGUUGGUGUCAGGCAGGGUUGGGGAGGGGAGGUCGACAUGGGGUGGCAGGGGGAGGCAGACGCAAAAAAAAGAAAUGCCUCCCCUCUGAACUUUACCCCCCCGGUCACCGUCAUAACUGACAACCGUCGCCCCUGACUUACUUUGUAUAAAUAUUUACUUGUUCUUUGUUGUCUCCGUGCUUACAGCUUUUUUUCUAUACUGACAAAUGCGAAAACAAAAAAAAGAGUUACAUUUUUUAUUUUAUUUUGUAUUUAGGUUUAUUUUGUUUUUGUAUCCCUUUUGCAUCAUUUCUAGUCACUUAUCUCCUUGUAGUUUAUCCUUAGUUGCUCCCAGAGUCUUUUAGAAUGACCAGGUCUUCCUUUUUUUAGAUGCAGAUGGCUCUUUUAGUGAUCCGCCACCUAACCCCGUCUAGCUUUGUGUGCUGUCCAUGUACAGGCUUGUACAGUGCAUUGAUAGCAAUCUUGUAUCAGGUUGCCAGAAUCAGGCUCUCACGGGUUGCCAGAUCGAAGCUCAUAUGUUAGCCCUAGUUAGCCUCAGCUCAUGACCCAGUUGGCCACAGUGUAGACACCCCCAUCGCUCAUCAAUCCACAUCAAAGCGUGAGUCAGCUUAGCGGUGUGGUGGUCAGCGUUGGCAUCCAUGGAAACACAUGAUUGACAGCUGACUGGGUCUGUAUAUCAACAUGUGCACUGGAAUAGAGUCCUUUUGAGGUCAAUUGAGUACAGUACUUUGCCCACUGUAGUGCUUUAUGGCUAUCUUGCUGUACUAUCUGGACCCAUCUGAGUUUAGUAUUGUACUUUGGGUCUUGUCCAGUCGAUUUUAGUACUGUCUUUGGGUCUUUGGACAGACAAGUUCAGGAGUUCCCGUGUGCAAAUGCUCUUCAUUUUUUUCUGGAUCUUUUUUAAAGAGAUGUUUGCACAAGAUUCAAGACUGUUUAUCUGGAGAAAAAGAAAAGAAGUCUGCAAUAUGUAUCAUAAGAGAGGAGAGUGUGAGCAGGGGUAUUUUUGUAAACAUGGAUUCUAAAGAGAAAAAUACAUUUUUUGUUUUUUAUUUUUUGUCUGCUCUAGAAAUAAAAGUGAAAACGGUCAUCUGUUGGGGUGCCAACUCAAAUGUGUUUAACAUUGUGCUAUCUAUACAUAUACAUCCGUAUGUAUAUGUAUCAAUGUAUGUGUGUAAACAUAUAUACACGUAUAUAGAAACGGAAAAACAACGUUAAAAAGCACGAUUUUAGAGUUAUUUAUAUAAUUGUUGAAAAUAAUUGCACUAUUUUUUUAUAUAACAAAAUGGAACGAGGAAAAAAGAGACCUGGAGUUUUGCGUGCAUGUGUGAUCAUGAGUGACAGAGCCCUCAACCUUUGAACCCCCAACUUUGAACUCCAGUUCAAGUUUAUUAUCUGCAGAGCCCCCAGAUUUCUGACCAGAAGUAGGGUGAAGUUGCUCCUAGAUGCUGAUCUUGGGUCAGUUUUGCUUUUUCCCUGGGUAAGGAUAGGGGAAGAGAAGCUGAUCCUAGAUCUGUACCUAGGGGAAACUGCAUCUGACCACCAUUUCGUAGGACUGCAGCGUACAGUAGCCUACUAAACAAAACAGCAGUACCGUAAGACCAAAAUCGGACUUAAAACAUUUUGUACGUGACUUUCAAAUUGAUCUCCUAUUGAUUUUAGGCAAACGUUAGAGUUAAAGUUGCAGAUUUUAAUUCAGGAUUCUGCUCGUAAGACCUAUUCCUUAUGCUUAACUCUUUCACCUUUCUUGGGCUUUAGAAAGUCCAAAUCAACACAACUCCAUUAACCUCAAUUACCUACUAUCACUCAAGAUGUAUUUGUCAAAUCAUUUAUUUUGACAAACUACCUCAACAAGCAGCACGUGAAGCACGUAGUUUCACCUACCUUCAGAUAUUUUCAUGGUUAGUGCCCGUAUUGAAUUUCAACUCAUGGAUUUUUUGUUUUUAAUGCAAGCCUCCACCAUGUGUAGGUUUGGAACAGAAAAAGAUUAAUCAGGAAACUAAAGUUGGAGUGGUGACCUUCACCACUUUCCUCUAAGCUUUGUAUCUGAAUGUCAGGCCUUUGAAGCGGCCAGGUGAGCGCGAGAGUGCUUUGUCAAUAGAGAGCAUGACUGAGCGUUUAGCAGGCAACUGUACGCUGCACACAUCCUCCUACCGUCUGGGCUUUUCUCCAACAGGCAUCUCUUAGCACUUUAAUGAAGAAGGAGAGAGAUGCAAUCUCCCUCAGUCAGCAUUGGUCUCACUUCAAUAUUGAUAUUAUGCAACGGCUCCCUCUGAGGUGAGACUCAAACUGCAAAGGGGCCCAACUUAAGAUGGUAUCACAGCAAAGAAGAGAGAUGUGUGUGUGUGUGACAAUUAUAUAUAUAUAUAUCACACACACACAUACAUACACGUGUGCACACACACACAGUGAGCUCCAAAAAUUGGUACAGUGACACAUUUUUGGUUGUUUUGGCUCUGUACUCCAGCAAUUUGGAUUUGAAUUUAUAUAAUGACUAUGAGGUUAAAGUGUAGAUUGUCAUCUUUAAUUUGAGGGUAAUUUCAACUGUUUAGAAAUUACAGCACCUUUUGUACGUAGUCCCUUCAAUUCAGGGGACCUAAAGUAUUGGGACAAAUUCACUUGUGUAUUAAAGUAGUCAAAAGUAUUUGGUACCAUAUUCAUUGUACGCAAUGACUACAUCAAGCCUGUGUUUCAACAAAUUAGCAUUUUCCUUUUGUUUUGGUGAUUAUUAUUAUUUUGUGCCCAAUAUAAAUUAAUAGUAAAUUAUGUUUUGUGUCAUUUUGGCGUUCAACCCAUAUGGAUUAAAAAAAUUGAAUUAAAGCUGACAGUCUGCACUUUAAUCUCAUAGUCAUUGUAUAAUUUAAAAUCCAAAGUGCUGGAGUACAGAGCUAAAACAAAACAAAAAUGUGUCACUGUCCUAAUACUUUUGGAGCUCACAUAUACAGGACCAGUAAAAACGUUUGGACACGUCAACUCAGUCGGGUUUUACUUUGUUUUCUAUUUUCUACAUUGUAGAAUAAUAGUCAAGACCUCAAAACACAUGGAAUCAUGUAGUAACCAAAAAAGUGUAUUUUAGAUUCUUCAAAGAAGCCACCCUUUGCCUUGAUGAUAGCUUUCCACACUCUUGGCAUUCUCUCAACCAGCUUCACCUGGAAUGCUUUUUCAACAGUCUUGAAAGAGUUCCCACAUAUGCUGAGCACGUGUUGGCUGUUUUUUCUUCACUCUGCGGUCCAACUCAUCCCAAACCAUCUCAAUUGGGUUAAGGUCGGAUGAUUGUGGAGGCCAGGUCAUCUGAUGCAGCACUCCAACACUCACCUGCCUGGUCAAAUCGCCCUUACACAGCCUGGAGGUGUGUUGGUUCAUUGACCUAUUGAAAAGCAAAUGAUAGUCCCACUAAGCACAAACAGAUAGGAUGGCGUAUCGCUACAAAAUGCUGUGGUAGCCAUGCUGGUUGAGUGUGCCUUGAAUUCUAAAUCAAUUACUGACAGUUUCGCCAGCAAGGCACCAUCACACCACCUCCUCCAUGCUUCACUCUGGGAACCACACAUGCGGAGAUCAUCCGUUCACAUACUCUGCAUCUCACAAAGAGAUUGGAACCAAAAAUCUCAAAUUUGGACUCAUCAUACCAAGCAAAUAUCUUCUUAUUGGUGUCCUUUAGUAGUGGUUUCUUUUUAGCAAUUCGACCAUGAAGGCCUGAUUCUCCUCUGAACAGUUGAUGUUGAGAUGUGUCUGUUACUUGAACUCUGAAGCAUUUAUUUGGCCUGCAAUUUCUGAGUCUGGUAACUCGAAUGAACAUAUCUCCUGCAGCAGAGGUAAAUCUGUGUCUUCCUUUCCUGUGGCGGUCCUCAUGAGAGCCAGUUUCAUCAUAGCGCUUGAUGGUUUUUGAAGAAACUUUCAAAGUUCUUGAAAUGUUCUGUAUUGACUGACCAUCAUGUCUUAAAGUAAUGAUGGACUGUCAUUGCUCUUUGCUUAUUUGAGCUGUUCUUGCCAUAAUAUGGACUUUCUGUAUACCACCCAUACCUUGUCACAACACAACUGAUUGGCUGAUUGGCUCAAAUGAAUUAAGGAAAGAAUUUCCACAAAUUAACUUUUAGCAAGGCACACCUGUUAAUUGAAAUGCAUUCCAGGUGAAUACCACAUGAACCUGGUUGAGAGAAUGCUAAGAGUGUGCAGAGCUGUCAAGGCAAGGGGUGGCUACUUUGAAGAAUCUCAAAUAUAACGUGUAUUUGUUUAACACUUUUUUUGGUUCCUACAUGAUUCCAUGUGUUAUUUCAUCGUUUUGAUGUCUUCACUAUUAUUCUACAAUGUAAAAAAAAUUAAGAAAAACCCUAGAAUGAUUAGGUGUGUCCAAACUUUUGACUGGUACUUUAUAUAUGUACAAAAGUGUGUGGACACGCUUUCAAACGAGUGGAUUAUGCUAUUUCAGCCACACCUGUUGCUGACAAGUCUAUAAAAUCGAGCACACAGCCAUGCAAUCUCUAUAACACAUUGGAAGUUGAAUGGCCUUACUGAAGAGCUCAGUGACUUUCAAUGUGGCACUGUCAUAGGAUUCCACCUUUCCAACAAGUCAGUUCAUCAAAUUUCUGCACUGCUAGGCCUGCCCCGUUUUACUGUAUGUGCUGUUAUUGUGAAGUGGAAACGUCUAGGAGCAACAACGGCUCAGCCCUGAAGUGGUAGGCCACACAAGCUCACAGAACGAGACUGCCGAGUGCUUAAGAGCUUAGUGCGUACAAAUUGUCUGUCCUCAUUUGCAACACUCACUACCGAGCUCCAAACUGCCUCUGGAAGCAACGUCAGCACAAGAACUGUUCUUUGGGAGCUUCAUUAAAUGUGUUUCCAUGGCCGAGCAGCCGCACACAAGCCUAAGAUCACCAUGUGAUAUGCCAAGUGUUGGACUCCAUUGGACUCUGGAGCAGUGGAAACACGUUCUCUGGCAUGAUGAAUCACACUUCACCAUUUGGCAAGUCUGGGUUUGGCGGAUGCCAGGACAGCGCUAUAUCUUCCCUAUAAUGCCAUCUCUAAAGUUUGAUGGAGGAGGAAUAAUGGUCUGGGGGUGUUUUUCAUAGUCGGGCUAGGCCCCUUCGUUCCAGUGUAGGGACAUCAUAACACUACAGCAUACAAUUACAUUCUAGACAAUUCUGUGCUUCCAACUUUGUGGCAACAGUUUGGGGAAAGCAUUUUCCUGUUUCAGCAUGACAAUGCCUCCAUGCAAAUAGCGAGCUCCAGACAGAAAUGAUUUGUCGAGAUCAGUGUAGAAGAACUUGACUGGCCUGCACAGAGCCCUCACCGCAACCCCAUCGAAAACCUUUGGGAUGAAUUGUAACGCUGACUGUGAGCCAGGCCUAAUUGUCCAAAAUCAGUGCCCGACCUCACUACUGCUCUUGUGGGUGAAUGGAAGCCAUGUUCCAACAUUUAGUGGAAAGCCUUCCCAGAAGAGUGGAGGCUGUUAAAGCAGCAAAGGGGGGACCAGCUCCAUAUUAAUGGCCAUGAUUUUGGAUUGAGAUGUUUGAAAAGCAGUUGUCCACAUACUUUUGGUCAUGUAGUGUAUGUCUAUAUGUGUAAGACACCUUGCACUUUCUUCCCGUUGGCCCCACUUGAUUUAUUUCUUAUGUUUACAUUUCAUUUUAGGACAAAUAACCUGAAUUAAAAUAAACAUUUCUGACCCUUCAUAAGCAAGCAGCCAAAGGAUUGAUUUAAGUGGUGUGGCCAUUUGACCUCUGACCCCUAGUGACAUCUCAUGAUGCAGUUUGAUGACCUCGGUGGAGAGCUUGGGCAGGUUUCCUGUUUUGAUUUCAGUCUUUGCUUCAGGGAAACCAGUGCUGACUGAUUACAAUACAGGCAGGGUGGGGAAGUGACACAUUACGAACCAAAAAAAAGGAACCACUAUUUGCAUACUGUACUAAACCGACCGCUGUUUAACCUUGACAUAACACUUUCAUGGCGUUAUGCCUGUUGUAACAUUCUAUGACUGUUCGUUACAAUAAAACAAUAUCAGUACUUGAAAUUAAAUGUCAUGUAUAAUGACGACAGACAUGCUAAUGACAACUACAUAAUGUGGGUAUCCUGUCAAUUUGCAUGAAGUAAAGAGCUACAUUUUCCUCCGAACUCUAAACUUGUCAACAUUUCUGUUAAUAAAAUGCACUUCGUACAUAAAUUGAAGGCAUUGCAAGCUCCAAUAACCCCUAACAUAUUUGGUUGCGUUGUUUUCGUACACUACCUUACCCAUCUAAUGACCUCUUACCGUCUAGACUGGGUGCUCAGAUGAAAGCAAACAGAACCACUCAGACAAAACAAAUAAUACUGAAUAUUCCAAAUGGUGUUCCCUUAGGGUUGGUACCUUACAUCACCCCCUGUCCCCAUCUGAAAUGAGCUACAGUUCCAGAGAGAUGCCCGUGUCCAAUGAUGGAGUCCCACAUAGACCUUCCUCCUGCUGCCAUUGGCUGGGUGUCGGUCCCCUUGGAAAUGUUCAGUGUUUAUGUGCGCCUGCCUGUGAUGACAGAUUAGGCUCCGUCUGUGCUGUCAGUCUGCCUAGACUUGCCCUAGACUGACUCACAAAAUGACAGACGUAUGGAUGAUAAUGUUGACAGAGUUGUCGCGGAGAGUGUUGCAAUAUACCUACUAUUUGCCUUUUGAUAAUGUAGUAAUUGUUUAACUUUGAGAAAUGUAAUGGGUUUUUUUUUUCUUUCUGUUUUUUCUUUAAAAAAAAUAUAUUUUUGCUCCAAUUCAUUGUACACGCAUAUAAGGGUUUUGCUGAAUGAAUAACAUAACAUUUAUUCCAUGGUUUGACCACCAGGUGUCUUCACUAACUUUAUUGUCUACCAUAGUGAGUCAGGCUUUGGAGACAAUAGCCCAAACCAGGUUGGGCAUCACUUUGUUUCAAUGCAGCCAGUACCACAGGUUUCUGCACUUUAUUUAAACUGGUAGAGUUGAUGGGAAGUACUUUUAGGUGACCAAGUGCCAGAUCGAUGCCUUUGCUCCUAUUCGCUAUUAGGGAACCCUUUAGUCGUCUUCAACAUGCGCUAUAGUACUUAGUGUGGAAUAUAUGCCUCUUGCUUUUGGCGGCACCAUUUUGAAGACAAGUACAAGGAACAACCAGAUGGGGACAGGCUCAAAGGCAUCACCCUGGGCCAGAACCUUCUUUACCUUCGUCCACCCUUCCAACUACAGCCUCCUUGACCAGUGUGAACCUUACGGAGUCCAUAUUAGGACAGCUGAGAUUAAAGCCAUCCUAUUAUGGACACCAUAGAGUGGACCUGUAUGGGUUAAAUUCUGCCAUAUUACCUAUUGGUCUAUAUACCCAAAUCACUAUAGAUUCCCUUCACCACCACAUGCUCAAUUUCUAGAUGUGUGCCUUUGAGGAUUUUGUGGUUGAGACUUUUUUGUAAUGUGUUAAUAGCGCAAUUUUCUUCCUCUGGAUUCUGUUGCCUUUUUCACAUGAAACAAAUCGCCCUUGUUAUUUACAAUACCAAAAAAUACAAUAGAGAAUUGACUCCCAUGUUCUAUCAUACGAUGAUAAUUUCCAACUUCGCUGCAUGCAUACCGAUAAGAGUAAAUAUUAACCUUGAAGCACUAAAGUAAACCAAAUGGGUGAAGCAUGGGAUGGAGAGGUUUCUAAGGGCCCAGCUCUAUGAAUAUAGAACAUAGCAAACAGAACCUGUCCUAUUAUGCAGUACAUGUCCCACUACUGCAUUAUAAAACAGGGGUUCGUACUUUGCUGCAUUGUAAUCAUCAUCUGUUUUAGAUUCCGAUAUUUCCUUCAAUAAGUUACUGUUGAGGGUUUCAGUGUGGGGGAAAAAAAGCAUUUCCAAAGAAGGAAUCAUCCUAACCAGACUCUUUCAGACUGUCAAGAGUCAAAAUGACUUGAACUUUGUUAUUUUCCUUUGUUUGACUUUUUUUUUUGACUGUUCUGUUGCUUUGCUUGUUUUGCCCUUCAAAUUAGCAUUGCUUUGAGUUUUUUCUUUUUUGAAAUAAAUAAAUGAGCGAUGAUUAAAAAAAAUAUAUGGUUGCAGUAUAAGCAUAUUUAUCAAACUCUUAAGCAAUUUAUUAACUGUACAGAAAAACCGACUAUCCUGGUGCUUAUUUUGUUAUGACGCUUUGUGUACUGAUGAAGAGGUAAUGUUGUACUGUCUAUAUAAAAUCAGUUCUAUUCUAUAACAUGUUCUAUGCCGAGAUGUAUUGCAGUAAAUAUAUAGAUGCCUACUGUUGUCGACAAUAAUUGCUUACGUGUAUCAACAUUGUUUAUUUAAAUUUAUAUUGGAUCCUUAAAGUGUUACUGGGUUUGUAUCUCUAUUUGAUAACAGGAGACAAUGUCUAUAACAGAACAUGCUAUGAAUCUGAUACAUUUCAAUUAGCCCCCAAUUAAACAAGUAAAAACAUUUUAUAAAAA